GAAGUGGUAGCUAGGGUGGCCGACACGCAGUGGAUCACGGCUUCAAACUCUUUAACUAGACCACGGUUAAGGAACGAUCAAGUGUUGUGCGAAUACUCGCCUUUUGUGUCACCCACGACUCGGUGCUCUGAUCCAUCUCUCUUCCUCCCCACCUCUCUCUUUUGCUCUCGCCGGCAACCGGAACCGUGGGAUUCCGGUGACUGCCCCUGCCUUUUCGUCCGAAAAAACCCGUCAGCUCCCCCAAGACACCAGCUCCGUUCCGACUCGAAUUGUUUCACAAAUCGUACUUGCGCGCUCUACCACGAGGAGAAGCGGUUCUUCUUCCUUGACUGGGGCUUGCUCGAUAUCUAGAGCUCGAAAACUUAUGGUAAUGUGCCAGGGAACUGGAUUAUUGGGGGAAAGAAUCUUCGGCUCAGCCGUAAAACUCGGAGGUUUUUGAUACAUUUGCUAGGAGAAUUUGGCAUGUAAUGUUGCCUUUUUUGGUUGUAUUUGUGUGAGUUUCGAAUUGAAUCUGAGAUCCGGUUUUGCUUGUUUCUGUACUUGCAAUCCGAUCUCGAAGAUUGUUUGGAGCCCUCGCUUCUGUAGAUUUGGAUCGAUCGCGUCAAUUAAGGGCUUUCCAGAUACGGUUUCGAUCUCGCAUUGAUUGAAUCCGACGUUGUUUUGUGCAAUUUUUAGCGAAGGUAAUUGGUUGGGCUGUGUAAUUUUUUGGUCUGCAAUAAGAUGUUGUAGAAACUAGGGUUUGUGUGUAUGAAUGUACGGGGAGAGAGGAUCGAGAUGUGCAGGGUAGAGAGAGAGACGAGUGAGGAGAAGAGGAGGAGGUGGGUGGUGAUGGGGCUGAAGACGCUGGGAGAGAGUAGAGUGGAGAAGUUGAAGAGUUCGAUGGUUUCUCGGCCUCGGAUGAAGUUGUGGAUGAUCAGGGCAACGACGUCGGUGUUGUUAUGGACUUGUUUGGUGCAGUUGACGGCAUUGGGCGAGAUGUGGGGGCCUCGGGUUCUUAAGGGUUGGCCUUCUUGUUUCUCGCACGAUUCCGCUGCUUUGGACCUCAAGUUGUCGCCCGCUGUUCCGGCAAGAGCACUUCCACCCAAGAGGGUUUAUAAGAACAAUGGGUACCUUAUGGUUUCAUGCAAUGGAGGGCUUAAUCAGAUGAGGUCAGCGAUUUGCGACAUGGUUGCAAUUGCAAGACAUUUGAAUGUCACGCUUAUAGUUCCUGAACUGGAUAAAACUUCUUUCUGGGCUGAUCCCAGUGAGUUUCAAGACAUAUUUGAUGUUGAUCACUUCAUCACUUCCUUGAGAGAUGAGGUUCGAAUAUUGAAAGAACUACCUCCCAGGCUCAAGAGGAGAGUUGAGCUUGGAAUGAUCUACACCAUGCCACCCAUUAGUUGGUCGGACAUUUCUUAUUACCAUAAUCAGAUUCUUCCUCUGAUACAGAAAUACAAGGUCGUGCAUUUGAACAGAACUGAUGCUCGGCUUGCAAAUAAUGGCCAGCCCGUGGACAUUCAGAAGCUUCGCUGCCGAGUAAAUUUUAGUGCUCUCAGAUUCACAUCCCAAAUUGAAGAGUUGGGUAGAAAAGUUAUCAGGCUUCUAAGACAGAAUGGUCCUUUUCUAGUGCUUCAUCUCAGAUAUGAAAUGGACAUGUUAGCCUUUUCAGGCUGUACUCAGGGUUGCAACAGUGACGAGGUAGAGGAGUUGACAAGAAUGAGAUAUGCUUACCCCUGGUGGAAGGAGAAAAUUAUAAACUCUGACUUGAAGAGGAAGGAUGGCUUAUGCCCUUUGACUCCUGAGGAAACUGCGCUUACUCUAAAGGCACUAGACAUUGAUCACAAUAUGCAGAUUUACAUUGCAGCUGGAGAGAUAUAUGGCGGAGAAAGGAGAAUGGCUAAUCUUGCAGCAACUUAUCCAAAACUGGUGAGGAAGGAGACACUAUUGGAGCCAUCAGACCUUAGGUUUUUCCAAAAUCACUCAUCCCAGAUGGCAGCAUUGGAUUAUCUUGUUGCCCUGGAGAGUGAUAUUUUUGUUCCCACAUAUGAUGGAAACAUGGCUAAAGUUGUUGAAGGCCACCGUAGAUACCUUGGCUUCAAGAAGACAAUUCUACUGGACAGACGGCUUCUAGUUGAUCUUAUAGACCAGUAUAAUGCUGGAUCAAUGAGUUGGGACCAAUUUUCAUCUGCUGUUAAGGAAUCUCAUGCAUAUCGGAUGGGAAACCCUACUAGGAGGCUGGUGAUUCCCGACAGACCCAAAGAGGAGGAUUAUUUCUAUGCCAACCCUGAGGAGUGUUUGCAACAAUCAGAUGAACUGUUGAGUGCCACAUGAAGUUUAGGAGGUGGGUUGCAUUUGAUGAAUAUCCUCCUGAUUUAGGGAUCGUGGAUCUCGAGACAGACACAGCGCCAAAGGAUUUUGAAGGUUAUUGUGGGAGCUACACUUGCACAAAGCCUGAGGAGAGUGCAGCUGGGGACUACAUUAAUAUCUUCAUAUAUUUCAAUAAUCCAAUACAUGUAUAGAAGCUACCCUGCAAUUGCUGGGUGAUAUGGACUCAACUCCAGUGUACACAAGAGGGUUGCAAAUAUAGAUUUCGUUUACUCGGAUUCUCGGAA